AUGUUUCCAUGUUUCUUGUGUGGUGAAAAACAUAAUGCACGCGAUUUUGAUAAGAUUAAAUUUGAGAAAUGUGUUUUAAUAUUAAAAAUUCGAAAAUCAAAAAACUUUAAAUAUUCGGAUAUUAGCCUUCCAAAAGAGUUCUCAGAACUUGGAUAUCACAGAAAGUGCUUUAAAAAAUUUACAGUGAUUCACCAACAUGAUUUGAAAAGCUCUUGCAGUUCACGGAAUCUGGGGUCACAUGAUGACGAAAUAAAUUUCAGCACUUCCUGUCAUAGUACGCUUCCAACGAAUGAGGUCGAAGGAGCGUCUUCCCCAUCUUCAUUAGCCUUGGAUGUGAGAAAUGUGUGCAAUGAUGAAAAUACAAAAUGUUCAGUACUGAAAUCACAGGUAAAAUCCAGAAAGCCAUGUAUUUUUUGUGGUAAAACAUAUAAAAAAAAUAGCUAUUACUCUGCGACAUCAAUAUGCUCAUCAAAAGACGUUAUUGGAGCUACAAAACAGUAUGCGGAAUUAGUUGGUGAUUCCGAUUUAAUAGAUAGAUUGAGAAACUGUGACAGUUUCUUGUAUCACCACUCUUGUAAGGCUUUGUUAAAAAACAAAUAUAACAAAAAAAUAGAAAAAAAAAUAUCAUCAACCAAGUGGCAUGCAUUACGUCUCAUCCAUAAAGAGGCAUUUGAUUCACUCACAUAUUUUAUUGAACAAAAUAUUUUUAUUGAGAACAAAAUAUUCUAUUUACAAGAUCUGUACUUAAAAUACAAAUCUUCACUUCUUGAAAUCGAUUCUUCCUUCACAAAAAGUGAUUUUAAUUAUUACUUAGCUACCAACUUACAGUACAAAUUGUUAAAAAAAUAUGGUGAUAAUAUUGUUAUAUGUUCUUCAAGUGAUCAAAAUAAGAAAAAAAUAGUUUAUAAGCAGGGAUUAGAUUUGCAUUCCUUUAUCAAUAUUAUACAAUAUUAUACACUUUGGCCAAAAAACAAGUGAUUUUUGGGUUUUUUAGCAUUUGAGUAGGGUUGCCGAGUACUUGUCUGCAUUUGCGGGGUUGCACCCGACAUUUUUUAGAUAGAAGAGAGUCUAAGCUAAUCAUGAUGUAUUUUACAGCCUUUAACUCUAUCAAAUAUUAUACACUUUGGCCAAAAAACAAGUGAUUUUUGGGUUUUUUAGCAUUUGAGUAGGGUUGCCGAGUACUUGUCUACAUUUGCGGGGUGGCACCCGACAUUUUUUAGAUAGA